AUGAUCGCACGUAAUCUCUUUCUUCCUGCUGCUCAUGCCCGACCUUGCUCAACCGGACAUUCAGCCGAUGUGGCUGCCUACUCCUACGGCGUCCACCACGCCAUGAAGCCCCAGCGGAUGCGCAUCACUCAUGAGCUAGUUCAAGCAUAUGACAUGCUUCCAAAGAUGAGCGUACUUCGUCCCAAACGCGCUACCCCCGAGGUCAUGACGCGUUUCCACACGGACGAGUACAUCAACUUCCUUACCAAGGUCACUCACGAAAACGUCCGCAGACUGACGUACCAAGGCACGCGCUUUCUCAUUGGCGAAGACAACCCCCCAUUCGAGGGCGUGUUCGAGUUCUCGUCCAUAUCCGCCGGUGGCUCCAUUGCCGCCGCAAAGCGCCUUAUGGAAGGUCAGUCCGACAUCACCAUCAAUUGGGCCGGAGGGCUGCACCACGCCAAGAAGCGCGAGGCGUCCGGCUUUUGUUACAUUAACGACAUCGUCCUCGGUAUCCUCGAAAUGCUCCGCUAUGUUCCCCGUGUGCUCUACAUCGACAUCGACUGCCACCAUGGCGACGGCGUUGAGGAGGCCUUCUGGAUGACCGACCGCGUCAUGACCUUAUCUCUCCACAAGUUUGGCGAGUUCUUCCCCGGCACUGGUCUUCUCGAAGACAGGGGAAGGGACAAAGGAUUUGGGUAUUCGGUCAAUAUUCCAUUGAAGGACGGUAUCACAGACGAGUCAUACAAGAGCAUAUUUGAACCUGUGGUAGACAAGAUCCUGGAUGUGUUCCGCCCCUCCGCAAUCGUCCUUCAAUGUGGUGCGGACUCGCUUUCGGGCGACAAGCUCGGUGGCCUCAACUUGACCAUGCACGGCCACGGGCGCUGCGUGCAGUACAUUCGCUCCAAGAACAUACCGCUCAUGCUCUUGGGUGGGGGCGGGUACACCGUGAAGAACGUUGCGCGCGCGUGGACGUACGAAACCGCAUGCGCGUUGGGAAUCGAGAACGACAUCGAUCCAAACCUGCCCUGGAACGAGUACUUCGAGUGGUUCGGGCCGCGGUACCGGCUCGAAGUACAGGAGAGCAACUUAGAGGAUUUGAAUCUGAAGGACGGUUCCCUCAACGAGAUUCGGUCGCGAUGUCUCAGGUACCUUUCAGAACUCGGUCCUGCGCCCUCAGUGCAGAUGCAGGACGUUCCAAGGGAAGGUCUCGGUGAACACCUCGGCCUCAAUGGCGUGCAUGCCCAUGCGCCCAUCGACGAUCUUGACGAGCGGCUUGCGCAACACGCCCGCAUGGUGUACGACAUUCAGAGCCAAUCCGACCAGACUGAUUCCGAGCAGGAAGACGAUGCAUCCGACGACGAGUCCCCGUCCCGCCGACGAGGCCGAUCUUCGCGCCGGCUGCGUAACGGCCGUCAGCGGAUGAGUAUUGUCACCUCCAAAUACUUCGACGUGCCCCGGCUCCCGCCCGAGUUCGAGCGCGACCUCACGCAUGAUGACGAUUUCGGGUGCGGUCACGAACCUUGGAAUGUGAGUAUAGGAAACGGGAAAAAGAGGCGGUUCUUUGAAAGCGGGGCAGAGUGGGACCCGGUGAAGAGGGUCAUUACGGAGCGCGCGAGGGCGGGCGUGAGGGUGUACGAGCACGCGCAAGUCGUGAAUGGCAUUCCGAAUGGGAUUGAGGUUGGUGUCCGGGAGAAGGAUAGAGACAGUCUGCAGGAAGAGGCUGAGGAGGAGUUGGAUGUUGAGCCGGAUCCGGAGGACGAGGAGUAG